AUGCUCGACAAACUCGCCGGCCUCGCCAUGCUAGCAGCAGCCUCCGCCGUCUUCCUCUACUACACAAUCUGGACUCUUCUUAUGCCCUUCGUAGACUCCGACCACCCACUCCAAAACUUCUUCCCCCCCCGCGUCUGGGCCAUCCGUCUCCCCGUCAUCCUCGUCCUCCUCGGCUCCGCCGUCGUCGGCUCCUUCCUCUCCAUCGUCAUGAUCAGGUCCAACCGCAAAAAGGCCCUCAAGGCCGCCAAGGCGGCCGAGGAGGCGGCCAAGAAGAAGUCUUGA